GUAAGCUACUACUCAUAACACCCUCAACCAUCCGAAUUGAAAAAUAUAUGUCCUGACUUCAGUUGUAAAGUAACCUGAAUACAUGAUAUAACUUAUCUCGUAGUUGUCUCGCUGUCUCUGACGAAAAAUUGGUAUGCAUUAUUCUUUUAAUGGAACUAAUAGCACUUAUAGGACAUACUUAAGUGAUAACUUAUUGGGUAGAGGAAUAAAAUGAACUCGAAAAUACAAUUUGAUGAACCGAAGAGUAAUUCAACAUUCCUAAAAAUAUUACAUUUAAACAAAUCUACAGAAUUUGGCGGGAAUUACACCUCUACAGAAUUUGAUGGGAAUUACAGCGAGACAACAGGCGACUAUUACUACUACUACUACUUUGAUCGGCCAUAUCAAAUGGUAACAAAGAAAUGGCAGGUUCCUAUUUUUGCUUAUUUAUAUUCUGGAAUAUCGCUCUUGACAAUUUUAGUAAACAUUAUGGUAAUUUACGUAUUUGCGAAGAAAAAGAUGCGUUCGCAGACGACAUUUUUGCUAUCAUCGCUUGCUUGCUCUAAUUCAGCGAUAUGUUUGGCAGUCGCGGUCUAUCACAUAUACUUCCAUCUACUGGAACAUUACAGGGACCCAGUUGAAUAUACAUGGUGUAUUUUAAAGCGUGUGCUUCACAUCAUGGAAGAAAUGGCGCGAUCUUCUUCAAACUGGAUUACAGCGCUUUUGGGCAUUCAACGUUUUGUCUGCAUUUGCUAUCCUUUCCGUGCUAGAUCUUUAUGUUCCAUUAAAGCAUCAAUAAUGGCGGUACUAGUUUCUGUGAUAGUCGGUAUCGUCGUCUAUAUAUAUGAAGCCGUUUCAGUGGAAAUUGUUCCGUUUUCUAUAAAGAACGGAAGUGCUUUUCUUUAUGAAGGUUGUGUAUUGGGAACGAGGUAUGGAGUAACGCAAACAUCAGUAAUGGUGAGCUAUAUCAUAAGCGGAUUUGUUGCCAGAUUUUUGCCCUGUAUAGUUCUAUUUAUAACAACAAUACUUCUCGCGAGAAAGCUACAACGCCGGAAUCGAGGAAUAGCUGCAGAUUUGCAUGACAGAAAUAGAUCGUCUGCUCAAAUGAAAAGACUUAAUGGACUUGUAUUUAUUAUUCUGACAAUAUUUUUAGUAUCAGAAUUGCAAGAUACUAUUGCAUUUUGCAUUUAUGCCUAUGAACUAGCAACGGAUAGAAUAAGAGAAGUUUUAACUGCCGACGAAGACGAUCACUGGGAUACAUGGGGAAAUCUAUUGUCGUUGUUCAGUUACCAUUGUAACUUUUGGAUCUUCUUUCUGAUGAGUUCACAGUUCCGGUCAGCUUUUUAUGACACGUGUUCGUCUGUUCGUAAAAGACAGUUUGCGUCGUCUACGAGAACAACGAUGAUUUCGAGCAAUUUCAUAACGGAAACCGAUUCAUUUAAACCAUUGCAAAGACCAAAGAAAUGACAAAAUAUAGACUAUUUUAUUUUUAAACGGUUUUAUAAUUGUGAAUACAAACUUUUUUCACAAACACAAAGGGGCAGAAAUUGUAAAAAAUUGAUUUAACCCAUUUAAAUGAUUUAAAAUCGCAAUGUAAAGAUUCUUUGACAAUACGAUUAGUGUGAAAUAUGUUCUAAAUCCAACUACAUGCAACCAAUUAAAAUCUAAGCUUCAUUUAUAAAACGGUAUAAGGAAGUUCCUUUUUCUGUUUUAUAAAUGAAGCUUAGAUUUUAACUAAGGACUAAUAAAAGUUUGUUGUGUUGUUUGUGUAAUAUAUUAUUUUAUAUUAAUGUAAUUGUCAUGAUGAUGAUUUUUUGUGUAAGUUACUUUGCAUAUUACCCCGUAUUGGUUGUUAUUUGAGCAGUAAAUAUAUAUAAUAAUUAUUAUCGCUAUUUUGUGCAUUUUUCGUUUGAUCUUUUUUUGUGAUAAUUUUCAUAUCAUGCUACUCGCUUGAGAUGGAAUAAUUAUCACUAGAAACUAAGGAGGCCACGUGGCGUUGCUAACGAAAUUGACAUGAACAUGAUGAAAUUGACAACGUCGUCAUAGGUAAAAUAGCGAUAAAUAGAUUAUCAUUGGUCGUCUCAACUCGCUUGCUUUUCUCACUUUCGCUGUACCAGCUCAAGCGAGAAAAUCAUUCUCGUUGAGAUGAUCAACGAUAAUCUAUAAAUA